AUGAACGAAAUCAAGGCAUUACCAGCACCGGAAACAUACACACCGCCACCGCCUCCGGUGGCUGAGCCACCGCCACCGCCGCCACCACCACCACAACCCGCCGGAGAUUUACUCGAUUUACGAGAAGACACGUUAACCGCCGACGACCAAGGGAACAAAUUCGCAUUAGCUUUAUUCGCCGGAGGAAACACCGGGAAAUGGGAAGCGUUCGGGUCGUCCUCCGGCGAGGCGGAGGUGACGUCUGCGUGGCAGAAUCCGGCGGCGGAUCCUGGAAAAGCUGACUGGGAGCUUGCGUUGGUGGAGACCGCUAGUAAUCUUGAGAAACAGAAGGCGGCAAUGGGCGGUGGGCUUGACCCGUUGCUUUUGAAUGGAAUGUAUGAUCAAGGAAUAGUGAGACAACAUGUGAGCACCGCCGGGUUAUCUGGCGGCAGUGCUAGUAGUGUGGCGUUGCCGGGGAAGACCGCCACACGGGUGUUGGCACUUCCGGCACCUGACGGGUCGGUUCAGACAAUCGCGGGUGACCCGUUUGCAGCGUCUCUAACUGUUCCUCCACCUUCUUAUGUUCAAAUGGCGGAUAUGGAGAAAAAGCAACAGUUGCUUGUUCAAGAACAGGUGGUGUGGCAACAGUAUGCUAGAGAAGGAAUGCAAGGUCAAGGUAGUUUGACUAAACUCAAUAAUGGUGGAUAUGGAGCUCCGGGUCAACCGUAUGGGUAUCCACCUGUAAAUGGAUCCGGUGAGGGGAGAGAAAGAUAA